CAAAUUUGUUAGACGGAUUGAGAUGGGAGAGCUGCACCCCCUACUUCGUCGCCAUGGUCUAGAAGCUUCAAAGUCAUGAGUUCAUAUGACCUUAUAGGUUACCAGCCUUCCCCAACCCAUAAAUUUAACCCAGACGGAGUCCGAUCUCUCCUCUCUCUCUCUCUCUAACUUCUCCCUUCUUCAUCCCGUCUGCUUUGUACUUCAAUUCCUGGCACGAAAACCUUCUUCUUUCUGGAUUUGUUCAAAGUGAUUUGCUUUUGGUUUCAGACUUCGAUUCAGAUUCUUCGGUUAAUAUCCCAGAAAAGAUAGUGUUAUAUAUAUAUAUAUAUAUAUAUAUAUUUCAAAGUCCCGGAGUUUUCCUGGAUUUCGAAGCCUACAAUCUAACUUGGUAUUGGUCAGAUUUCUUCCCAUAAGUUUGGUUGGACUUUUUCUUCUCGAUCAACUCUCUGAAGCCAUAACAGUAGCAUUGAUCAUAUUUUCUUGUAAAUAUUUUUGUUUGUUAGAAUGAAGGUACUAAAUCAAAACCCUUUAAACUUCUUCUCAAAGCUCUUCAAUUUCCAGCUCAACCUUCUCAAUCUCCUCUUCUACUUCCUCCUCUUCGGCGGCGGUCUGACCCUCGGAAUGGUGCUCAGCUUCUACAUGAAAGACUUUUCCUUCAGUCUGCAAUUAGCACAAUUCUCCUUCUCGACCUCAACAUCUGCAUCCAAUCCGCACAACCUAAUGCCGAACGUAAAAGCAGUCCAACCGAACGAGAGUUUUCGUCCUCCUCGUAUAGGAUUGAAGGAGUAUCUAAAGCCGCCGGAGGUUUUCCACGACAUGGACGAUGUGGAGUUGCUGUGGAGAGCUUCGAUGAGUCCUCGGAUUUCCGAGUAUCCGUUUCCCCGUGUUCCCAAGGUUGCUUUCUUGUUCUUGGUAAAGGGUCCUGUUCUUUUGGCCCCGUUGUGGGAGAAGUUCUUCAAGGGACAUCAAGGAUUGUACUCGAUUUACGUGCACUCGAAUCCAUCUUACAAUGGAUCGCACCCGGAAACUCCAGUUUUUCAUGGCAGAAGAAUUCCUAGCCAGGAAGUAGAAUGGGGAAAUGUGAACAUGAUUGAGGCCGAGCGCCGCCUGUUGGCGAAUGCUCUUCUCGACAUCUCAAACGAACGGUUCGUUCUGCUCUCAGAGUCAUGCAUUCCCCUCCACAACUUCUCCGCUGUCUACAAUUACGUCAUCCGCUCCAACGAAACUUUUGUGCAAGUCUAUGAUGAUCCAAGCUCGGUCGGGCGUGGCAGGUACAGUUUUAAUAUGUAUCCACAAGUCUGGUUGAAUCAAUGGCGAAAAGGGUCGCAAUGGUUUGAAAUGGACAGAAGCCUUGCCAUUGAAGUUGUCUCGGAUAGAAAAUACUUCCCGGUGUUCCAAAGUUACUGCAAGGGAUCAUGCUACGCAGACGAGCAUUACUUACCAACAUUUGUGAACAUGAAAUUUGGGAAGAAGAAUUCGAAUAGGAGUUUGACCUGGGUUGACUGGUCGAGGGGCGGCCCACACCCUGCCAAGUUUACUAGAACAGAUGUGACGGUUGAUGUUUUGAAUAGUUUGAGGAAUGGGACUUCUUGUAUAUACAAUGGAAGAGUAUCCAACGUUUGUUACUUGUUUGCUAGAAAGUUUGGGCCUGAAACGCUGGAGAGACUAUUGAAGUUUGCGCCGAAGCUCAUGGGAUUCAACAGAUAGAAUGAUUUGACAUACGAAUAUUUGAAACUAUUUUCAUCUAUGAUGACUAAGAUCAUAGUUGUUGUCAAAUUUAUAUUCAUUAUUAGAUUGAUUUAGUGUAGAGUAGAAAAUAAAAAUGGUCCUGUUUCUGUUUAUAAUCCAAAUCACUUCAUUCUUACA